GUUUUCACGGGGCGUGACUAUCAUGACAACUUUCCAGAUUGGACCAGCAAGUGCCGCGAUCUGUUGGGAUGGAUACCAGAUUCUUCCACAGAGACAAAGCAAGGCGGUUUGCUGAUGACCGCGCUCAUCAACCAGACAAGGAUGCCACUGGGUGAUGACCUACCUACGUUUGUUUACAUCCAAAGGGCACGUAUCCAUGCUCUAAUUUUAUUAGGAGGUCUCAUUCUACCGGACACCACGGGGUGUAAGGUGCCAUUUAUGUGGUUGAAUGGGCUUGGGGAUCCGGAAGAGGUGAAGAAUAUUAGUUGGGGAAGUGCGGCAUUGGCCUACCUUUAUCAUUAUCUGUGCGAGGCUUCCAUGGAUAAGAGAAAAGAGUUGGGCCGGCCUAUGAUCCUUCUGCAGCUAUGGGCGUGGGAAAGAAUGCCCACAUUGAGGCCUGCGUUCAUAGGACCAGUUGUGCACGAGCCAUAUACACCAUGUGGUGCCAGAGGAACAACGCAGAUAGGAAAUGCUCCUAGACACUCGGUUGAGCAUUACCGUGACCAAUUAUCUCUGAUUAGACCUGGCCAGUUUAUUUGGACGUCGUACGCACCUUACACACUGCCUGACUACUGCAAUGAUGUGAAUGGAUGCUCUCUGUGCGAAACGUACUUGGUAUGUUGGGCCUAUGUCGAGGCCCAUGAGCCUGGAAGAGUGCGCCGACAGUUCAAUCGGUACCAGGAUAUACCUCAGUAUGUAGACAAGAUGCUAAGGAACGCCGAUCAUUUGGGCAAAAAUGAUCGGCGUGGCAAGAAGGGCAACAACUGGGCAAACACACAUCAGUUCUACAUUGGGGAGUGGGACAUGAGGUACGAAAGGUUCCAAGCUGCCGAAUAUGCCGCGCCGAUGUCCAUGAAUAUUCCCAUGAACCCGGGGUAUAUGGCGUGGUAUAACAUGAUUACCGUGACGUACAUGACUCAGCCUGGGACACGGGCCACUGCUGGGAUGAACGAGUCGGCUGCUUCGAUGAGACUAUUUGUUGAGGGUUUUCAGCAGGUUUUCCAUUUAACUACGGAAGACGAAAUUGACCCACGAGUGCGCCAGAUUCGAGAAAUUGUUAUGAAUGUACUCGAAUCUACGAACAACGCUGAUGUCAUGGAGUACCCCGCUUCCCAACAUCAGGAUGUGGUCAUGCCUUAUCAACCAGAAGUAGUGCCACGGCGUCAUGAACUGGGGGACACGGCUACACAAAGCAGUUUAGGAUGUCCCAGCCGUUGCCCGAUUAUGUAGCACCAGAGCCGCAGUAUCAAGAGCAGGACCCACCCCAGUGGUAUUCAUACCCGGCGCAUGAGUCUCAGUCAUAGUGGGAGCGUCCCCAGUAUUCUCCUAGCCAGCCUGAGCCCGAUUGGACUCGUCGCCCAUAUUCACAAAGCCAAGACGUACCGCAAUGGAGUGGAGCCCGAGCAUCGGUCGAUUCAUUCUUCCAGAAUUAUCAGAUCGUGCCUCCUGUCCAAGCUGAAGAAGAGGAUGAUGAUGAAGGAGAAGAAGAAAAUGACAACAUAGAGGAUGCAAAUGAGGAAGAAGACGUUCAAAGCAUCCGUCUCCAACAUCAACCAGCUGCGGAGGGUUCAUCGCGCGGUGGGGUUGGGAAGCUGAUGAGCAAAGUGUACAAGCGAUUGUCCUCUAGGAAGAAUAAGGGGAUUGAACCGUCAAAAUACACUCCAUCGUUGUAUAAGUAGCAAUUGUUCAGGAAGUCAGGCAGUGAAGAAUGAUCGUGGAAUUGUCC